AUGACUGGAAAAUCAACUGUUGUAGGUGCACUUGCCUGUCAAAGAGAUUCUUUCAAAUUUAAUGAUUUUGAAACAGUAGUAGUCUCCUGCGAAGAACAACCAAAGAAACCUGUCAGCAAGAAAAAAGCUAAGAUUAUUGAAGAUGAAUUGCCAGUGUAUAUUAUUGAAUUAAAGGAUACUAUAUUGUUUCCUGAAGGUGGUGGCCAACCAAGUGAUACAGGUUACUUACGUUAUAAGAUGGAAGAUGAAACUGUUGAAGUGCCUGUAUUUUAUGUAUCUCGUGAUGGACUGUAUGCGAAGCAUCAUGUACAUCAAUUUAUUAAAGUUGGUACUAAUGUAAAUGUCGAAGUUAAUAAAAGAAGAAGAAUCGAUUUAAUGCAACAACAUACAGGUCAACAUUUACUAAGUGCAAUUCUGGAAAAAAAAUAUCAAUUAAAGACUGUUUCAUGGUCUAUGUCAACACCAAAUGAUGGUUUUUCUCAUGUAGAUCCAAAUGAUUAUUUAAAUUUUAUUGAAUUGACUAGGAGAUUAACAGAGGAAGAGAUUGAUUAUUUAAAUGAUGAAAUUAAUCAAUAUAUUACUUUAAUGCCACAACGUAUUACAGUUGAAGAAAGUAUAUUACAAGGAUUAGAUUCUUCUAGUAAGAUCCCUGAUGAUUAUGAUAUUUUAAAUGGUGGUAUUGUGAGAACUAUUCAUAUUGGUUCUUUAGACUCUAAUCAAUGUUGUGGGACCCAUCUCUCAAAUACAUCUCAAUUAGGAUCUAUUAUGGUAAUUAAAUCACAAACUACAGUAAGAUCAACAAAUUCAAGAUUAUAUUUUGCAUGUGGAACCCGUGUUUUUAAAUAUGCUAAUCAAGCUAAUCAAUUAUUAAAUAUUACAAAACAGAUAUUGAGUAGUUCCGAUAUACAAAUUCCUGAAAAGACAGAACAAUUAAAGAUACAACUGUCCAAUAAGACUAAAAGUGAACAAUUUUGGAUGAUGGAAUCUGCAAUUAAUGACUCAAAAGAAAUUAUUCAAAACUUUAAGCAACAACAACAGAAAGGAUUAUCAUCUGGUAUAAACAAAACUUCUUUAUUUAAAGAAGAUUAUUGUACACAAGAAUAUUUAUCACGUAUUCAUAAAGAAUUAACUAAUGAAAUAUUGAAAGAAUGUACUGAUGAUAAUAAUUCAUAUGUUAUAAUUCUGGGUGGAUUUGAUAAGAAGACUAAAAUAGCAUCAUUGAUGAUUAUUUCGGAUUUAGGAAAAUCUAUUCAAGAUGUGGUUAAUAAAUUUAAUGAAAUAUUACCCAAUGUUAGAGGUGGUGGUGGUAAGAAUGGAGGGAAAUGGCAAGGUAAAGCUACAGACGUUGACGUUAAAAGUUGGAAAUCAUUAACUGAAUCAUUUAUUCAAGAAGAAGAAGAAUUGGUAACAAAUCUACCCAAUAAUAGAAAUUACAUAACCUAA